CCAACAUGGCGAAUGUUUUUGGCAGAAUUCUUUCAAUAUUUCAAGGCAGAUCAUCUGUUCAUUCGCUUAAUUCUGCUUCAAGGACAAAUUAUCCAGUUUUUAGGCAGGUGUUGUAUUUACCAAAUGUUAAGAGAAGCUCUCGAUAUCAGUGCACUAAAGUGAUAGCACAAUCAGAAGAUGAAAAAAGAAUUGCAAAGAAAAUUCAGUCAAAACUUAGCGUGUCCAAAAUAGAGGUUGAAGACAUAUCAGGCGGAUGUGGCUCGAUGUACAGAAUAUUUGUUGCAGCUGAUGAGUUCAAAGGCAAGCGCACGAUACAACAACAUAGAAUGAUAAACGAUAUCUUGCAAGACGAAGUAAAAGACAUGCAUGGUUUGACGUUACAUACCACGUCUUCAUUAUGACGAAGCCUACAAUGGUGAAAAUGUUGAUUGCUCUUGUAUAACUGAUGCAAACGAGUAAACAUUGGGGAACUGCUUUUAUUUUUAUCAACAAUAAAACCACCUCCUCUUAGUAGUAAACCUUGUUUGCUACCGAGGAAUUUUAAGAUUAAACUGCAAACAAGGUAAUAUCUUACCUUAUUCUAGUGGCGCGUGCAGAGGUGGCGGAACAUAUUUCAUUUGGAAGGAUCAACCUUGUUCCAAGGGCAUUUCCCUUUGGCAGUUUUUUCUAUAUAAAGAAGGGCAAAUUCCACAGGCUGAUGUUAUAGAAAGCACUGUGCUUGAGAAGGAAUCAAAAAACGCAUUUGGCAUCUAUAUCGUAAAGAUGGACAUUAAAAGAUACUUAAAAAUUCAUCAUUACCAGUACAAAGUGAAAUCUAUAGAAUUUAAAAACAAAGCUAUGAUGGGAUUGUACGUUAUUAGGGAAAUGGGAUCAUAAUGGACUUCUCUUCAUCUUUGGGAAAAAUGUGUUAUACUUAAGUUUAAAAAUCAAAUCCAAAUUAAUUUUGUGCUUAAAUGAUUUUGUCCUCCAUUUUAGUAAUUUAAAAUAAAUCUAUUCUAUUCCCCCGGUAUUCUUAUUUUUCGAUAUGUGAUUAAUAUAAAACGCAUAUAUCAACUUAUUUUGUAUAAAAAUGUUCAAUUAAUACGUAAAUUUAAGUUGAACAUUCGUGGAUUUAGGAUACGGUACUUGAACCACAUGCACGGCCUCUUUCGGUUUAUAGUAAAACAGUUUAAAGAGGGGUAAAAUUACUUUGGGCCACCCGAUAAUAAUUUGGUAGUAAUAAGUAAUUUGUAUUUUUAAUACCCGUACAAAAACUCUUAAUAUGUUCAAUAUAAUAAAUUACGAUUUUAAAAUCCA